AUGUGGCUCCGUGCGGCGGCCGCGGGGCAGCGCCACGGCGCGUGCGCGCGCGUGGCGGCGCGGGCGAUCAGCACGUCGUCCGCUCGCUUCUCAGGAAAGGAUGCACCUGACUUGAGUGAUCCGUUCCCCUUGCCCUUUUCCCGGGAAAUGGACCCGGCGCGCCGCGCCGACGGCGUGGACCUCGCGAGCGCGGGCCAGCGUGUCGAGGGCAUAGACGUGCCGAUCCGCGUAGCAAACCGAGAGGGCGAGGGGCGACCACGCAUGCUAGCGCGUCUGCAGUACCAGUGCCGCAAGCGCGGCACGCUCGAGACGGACCUGAUUCUCAGCACGUUUGCGCAGAAAGAGCUCGCAUGCCUCUCAAACGAGGAGCUGCAUGAGCUGGAUCAGCUUUUGGACGAGCCAGACUGGGACAUCUUCUACUGGUGUACAGAGCGCAAGCCGGUGCCGGCGCGCUGGGAGGCCUCCACACGCGCAACGAGGAGCGCAUGGUGCGGCGCUUCCCGCCCCUGA